CAGCUCCCACCAAUGCAGGAGAAAUGAAACUAAUAGCAUAUCUAGUUGUCAAAUGUGUUAUAGGACUGAGAUUAUUUGAGUUUAUUCAUGAUCAGAUGGUGUUUGGUCUCUUGCCUGUAGGACAUGCGGGGGAUGAUUAAUGGAGUGAAGUCGAUGCUUAGCUCGACGGAUGAUGAUGGAGAAAUAAGCAUUUCAGCAUAUGACACAGCAUGGGUGGCCUUGGUGAAGCACCAAAAUGGAAGUGGAGACCCUCAAUUCCCAUCUAGCCUGCAAUGGAUUGUCCAAAACCAGCUGCCUGAUGGCUCAUGAGGGGAGUACUCAAUUUUCUUGGCUCACGAUCGAAUAAUCAAUACUUUGGCUUGCGUAGUCGCGCUAAAAUCUUGGAGUAUUCACGCUGAUAUCUGUGAGAGAGGAAUUUCUUUUCUUCGCGACAAUAUGUGGAGGUUGGCUCAGGAAGAAGCAGAGCUGAUGCCCAUUGGCUUUGAGAUCGCCUUCCGUUCUCUCCUAGAGAUAGCCAAGGCCUUGGGGUUGGAACUCCCUUAUGAUGAUCCUGCGUUGCAGGAUAUAUAUGCCAGCAGAAACCUAAAGCUGAAGAGGAUCCCAAACGAUGUGUUGCACAAAUUACCAACAUCACUGCUCUAUUCCCUAGAAGGAAUGCCUGGUCUGGACUGGGAGAAGCUUUUUGGGCUCCAAUGUGUUGAUGGGUCCUUCCUAACUUCUCCUGCUUCGACGGCCUAUGCUCUCAUGCAGACGAAGGACGAGAAGUGCCUCAAAUACCUUCAGAAGAUCGUUGAAAGAUUUGACGGAGGAGUACCCAAUGUAUACCCUGUGGAUCUUUUCGACCGUAUGUGGGCUGUCGAUCGGUUGGAGCGCCUUGGGAUCUCCCGGUAUUUCGAACCCGAGAUCAAACAAUGCCUGGAUUUUGUCUAUAGAUGCUGGACCGAGGAAGGGAUUGGUUGGACGAGGAAUUCUACAGUACCUGAUGUGGAUUGCACGGCCAUGGGAUUCCGUCUCCUCCGUUUACAUGGAUACCAUGUGUCUCCUGAUGUUUUCAAGCAUUUUGAGAAGGAAGGUGGCUUCUUUUGCUGCGCUGGGCAGUCGAGCCAAGCAGUCACUGGGAUGUACAGCCUCAACAGGGCAUCUCAGGUGGCCUUCCCUGGGGACAGAAUAUUGGAGCAAGCCAAGGAUUUCUCAUAUAGAUUUCUCCGAGAAAAGCAAGCCGCCAACCAGCUCCGGGACAAGUGGAUCAUAACAAAGGACUUGCCCGGUGAGGUAAGUAGCCGACAAAUCUCGCUUGCUGAAUUUUUUGCUAGAAAUUUCUAUUCCUGCAUUUUUCUUGCUCUGGGUAGAAUUUCAUUUUGUGCCUUCUAA